UAUAGAUGUUUCUGUACAACAUGUAUGCCUAACUGCAAAUAUGACCACACCUCAAAAGGAGGGUGUUUGUCUCAUCAGCCAAUGGGAAUUCUCAGUUUAAAAGCGGAUGGAAAGGCGGCCCCAACCAGAAAAGAGGACCCCCUUACGCUUUAAAAACCCUGGGACAUCCUGGGUUCAAUCCUCUGGCCCAUGCAACAUUUCUGGCUGAAUUGAUUCAACAACUCAAACCAUCAGAAAUGAGCAACAUCAACCAACAUUUCUAUCCUAACGUUCAUAUCCAGUACCCAGCCAUCAUAGAAAAUAUGCCGUUACCAGAUGAAAUUACUUAUGAGGAUGUGCAAAUUUCUCAGCUGGAAGUGGAUGAUGCUCAAAUGAUGGAACAAGCACUUCGUCAUGAGGAUGCUGAUUUCAAGACUGUGGAGAAACCAAAGGCUAUUCCACCAACUUCCAAGCAUGCAGAUAAGGAGACCAACAUGCCCACUCCAAAGACUACCAAUCUAUCAACUUCAAAAACUCGAGGAACCCGCUUGAAGCGAGCCAGGCCAGAAACUCAGGAAUCAGCUAGACCUCAAAAGAAGAAGAAAGGCAACAAUGACAUUGUGCUGAAUUCGGAAGAUGAUCAUGACUGUGAAAUUAUGAGCACUGCGGGGGAAUGCUUUGCUGAAAUUCGUAGAUUGAACGAUGAAGCGGACGACAAUUAUAAACAGUCUAUUGCUUUAAAAAUGAGAUUGGAUCAAAUCGUCGGUCAUGAAAUUCCAAAACUUCUCAAAGCAAUUAAAGCAUGUAAAAAUUAUAACCCUCUUACAAACUCAACUCACUAUCAGAUAGGUAGAGGGUUGCACAAGCGGGGUAGAAGAAAGCAAAAGAAGCUCACACCUAGAGAACUGUACUGGAAAAGGAGACGUAGAUUGAUAACAAAGGCGAGAAAAACUCUUGCCAGGUCCAGAAGUAAACAAAAACAUAAAAGCAAUAGAGACUCAAUGAGGUCAGACCCGGCUUCUUCUUCCAGUACAGACACCCAGAGGGAUGGACAUUCUCCUGAACCUCAACAGGUAGAAUCCCCAUCUAACGAGGUUGAGUACCGACCUCAACAGGAAGACACCUCUGGUGAGGAGGAUGAUGGGUCACCCCCUGUGUUUGCAGAAUGCGUGCACAGGUGGCAAUUUACCUUUCCUAGUUAUAACACAUUGCGGAUCGGGGAGGUAUACCGUUUCAGAAAUUUAGAAACCGUGAGGUCAUAUGCACAGGUUAUAAAUGCAUUAUACACAGCGAUCCAGGGCAUCUUAGACAAUCUGAACCAGAGAAUUGAUCCCGAAGAUUUUGUUCAGGUGAGAUUAGAAGCCUCAGGGUUACGAAAUCCACUCUUCUCUUUUAAAAGAAGUAGGGAUCUCUUUAAUGCUGAGGAGUUUCUAGUCCAGCUGAGUCGUCUAUUACAGAGCAAUAUGGAAAUCUGCGCUCAUGGUGAUUUUGAGCUCGUGGUCACUAUAACAAAACCGCCACAAGGUGGAGCACGUCGAAAACUGAGUUCCAUUCCAGCCAGUGAAAUAAUUGCUAGGAAGAGACAGUAUCUGAUAGACCUGAAUUAUGCAGGUGGCAAUAUGUGUUUUGCUGGAGCUUUAUUUGGUGUUAUGAGUUUACAUAAACCCACAGAUUCAGAAAUGUUGACAGCUGCUCAAAAACUGCAUAUGGAACUCGGAUGGUCUGAUCAAAAAAAGGUAACCCUUAAUGAUAUUUCUACUGUUGAACAACAUUUAAGAGUCAAUAUCGAUGUUGCUUAUUACUCAAAAAAGUCAGAGUGGGCUCUGUUUAAAACACAGGGCCCCAUUUAUCCUCAAGCCUAUACUCUACUCUUACAUGAUGAGCAUUUCUAUGGGGUUCUGAAUGUAAAAGCGCUAUUUGGCAUCCGAAACUACUGUCAAUUUUGUCGCAAACUCUAUAAUCAUGACCAUCAUUCAUGUCUAUUUUAUUGCAGAAUGUGUUUGAGAAAGGGGUGUGAUAAUGUGAUAGGGAAACAGGUUCGAUGCCCCCGAUGUAAGUUUCAUUGUAGGUCUGAGGCUUGCUUAAAAUUACACCAACAGCUGGGUUUAGAGAAGAAAGUCAAAUGUCUAGCGAGAAUGUAUUGUACAAAGUGUCGAUAUUAUCAGGAGCUGGAUCACGAUGAUGAAAAGUGUAAAGGGAGACAGUGUACGGUCUGCUGGGGUUACAUUGUUGAAGAUGAGGGUCAUUUGUGUUACAUGCAACCGCUUAAACAGCCAAAGCUUUCUGUGAAAUAUUUAUUUUACGAUUUUGAAUGUCACCAGAGUACGGGGGCUCACGUGCCGAAUUUUUGCUUUGUAAAAGCUUAUUCUGGGGAGACUGUGGAGUGUUUUAAACCAGAUUUUGUGGAGGAGAAUAGUGGGUCUGAAGACAGUGAUGGUGAAAUUGAGGUGGAAGGGGAAAGGGAGCCAUGGAAGUUUGCAGGCAAAACCUGGGAAUUUAAGGGCGAAAACUGUAUUGAACAAUUUAUUAAAACGUUUACAAAAGAUGGAGCCUUUAAAGAUGCAACAUUCAUAGCUCACAAUUCAAAGGGAUAUGACUGUUAUUUUAUACUCCGACAGUUGGUGAAAGAAAAACUGGAUGUUGAAAUUAUAGCACAGGGUGGGAAGUUGAUCUGUGUUACUGUGGUAGGACUCUCCAUAAAAUUCAUUGACUCACUCAGUCACCUACCCAUGGCACUCUCUAAAUUACCAAAGGCUUUGGGAUUUGAGGAUGCCAAGGGGUAUUUUCCACAUUAUUUUAACAAGCCUGAGAAUUGGGAUUAUGUAGGGCCAAUGCCACAGCCCGAAUGCUAUGGCGUAGAAUACAUGAUGCCUGCUGAAAAGGCAGCCUUUACAGCCUGGUAUGCAGAGAACCAGUCAAAAACCUUUGAUAUGCAGAAAGAGCUUGCAUUCUAUUGUCAGAAGGAUGUUGAGAUUUUGGAGCAGGCCUGUACCAAGUACAGACAUGAAAUAGUGCAGCUCACAAUGGGUAUAAGAGAAGUCAUGGUAGGCAAGAAAAAAGACAAAGUCAAGAGGUACAGGGUCGCUAUUGAUCCUUUUCAAUACCCUACCAUUGCAGGUGUGGCUCUCGCCAUGUAUAGGUUCAAAUUUCUUAGGGUAAAUACUAUAGCGAUUCCAAGUUGUAAUGAUUACCAUAAUCAGUACAAGCGAUUCUCAUCCGCCUCUAUACAGUGGCUCUCUUUUGUCAGUCAUAAGGAAAAAGUUGAAAUACGUCACGCAUUGAAUGGUGGGGAGGUUAAAGUUGGAAAUUAUUUUCUGGAUGGUUUUGCAGUUGUGGAUGAUAAGAAAGUUGCCUAUGAGUAUUUCGGUUGUUUUUUUCAUGGUUGUUUGAUUUGUUAUUCUCCAGAGGAGGACAACCCCGUGGUGGGGAAAUCUUACGAGUUUCUUUUUAACGCGACACAGAAAAGGACCGCGGAGCUCCAAAGCCUAGGGUUUGAAGUGCGUUCCAUUUGGGAGCACGAGUGGAGAAAUAUGGUAAAAACAGAUUUGGAAGUCCAGGCUUAUCUUGCAAAAGCCAGUUUUCCUGAACCCCUAAAACCUCGCGAUGCGCUUUUUGGGGGUCGUACAAAUGCAAUAUGCCUCUAUUAUAAACCUAAAGAUGGGGAAUCUGUGAAAUAUUAUGACUUUACUAGUCUGUACCCCUAUGUAAACAAAACAAAAGAGUACCCCUUGGGGCAUCCUGAAAUCAUUUACAAGGAUUUCAAGCCCCUUUCAAAUUAUUUUGGACUAGUUAAGGCCAAGGUUUUUCCCCCUAGAAAUCUCUAUUUUCCAGUUUUGCCUUCCAGAAUCUCUGGAAAACUCAUGUUCGUACUGUGCUCAACCUGUGCAGAAGCACGACAUCUGGACCCUUGUGACCACACAGAUGAGGAAAGAGCGUUAAUUGGAACAUGGUGUACAAUCGAGUUGAAUGUAGCUAUAGAGAAGGGCUACAAAGUUGUUGAAAUUUAUGAGGUGUGGCAUUUUGAGCAUCGUUCUGCAGAUCUGUUUUCAGGGUAUAUAAAGAUGCAUCUUCGUCAAAAGCAGGAGGCUUCAGGUUACCCACAGUGGUGUGUGAGUAAACAAGAUAAAUCUAAAUAUAUAAGGGAUUAUCAUGCACGGGAGGGGGUGCGUUUACGCAGAAACAAGAUUGCAGUGAAUCCUGCAAAACGUCAAAUUGCCAAACUGUUUUUAAACUCAUUGUGGGGCAAGUUUGGACAGAGAACAAAUUUACCUGUCACACAAGUACUGAGAGAUCCUGAGGAUUUCUUUCAGAUUCUAUUUUCUGAUGCUUAUAAGGUGUCCAUGUCUGAAUGUCUGGAUGAUGAGGCUGUCUGUCUCUCAUGGAAAUAUUCAGAGGACCGUGUGACAACCGCUGGGCGUAAAAAUGAAUUCAUAGCAUGUUUUACCACUGCUUAUGCUAGACUUGAACUCUACAAGUUGCUAGAUAAAUUAGGUAGACGUGUUUUGUAUCACGACACGGACAGUGUCAUUUUUGUGAGUCGGGAAGGGGAAUGGGAACCGCCUCUAGGAGAUUAUUUAGGGGAUCUUACUGACGAAAUUUCAUCAGGCCGGUCUAUCACAGAAUUUGUCAGUGUAGGUCCAAAAUCCUAUGGAUAUAAAUUGACUGAUGGCACAGCUUGUUUGAAAGUUAAGGGAAUCACCCUGAAUAGUGCUAACUGUGAGAAAAUUAAUUUCAGCAGUCUAAAAGACUUGGCAUUCGCUUACGUCUCGGACAAGAAAGGCUGCCAGCCUCGUGAAAUUGUGAUACAUCAGCCGGGUAUUGUUCGAAAUAAGCGUCAGUGGACGCUUCAUACGAAAACCCUCAAAAAAACACAGAAGGUUGUUUUUGAUAAAAGAGUAAUUAAAGACGGAUUUACAACGCUCCCUUAUGGAUACUGAUUUGCAGACCCGAUGGCAGCAUCCCUUCUCUGCUAUUCUAGCAGGUCCGAGCGGCUGUGGUAAAACCUUUUUUAUAAAAAAUAUGCUGGAUAAUGCCGAUCAUGUGUUCUCUGUACUACCUCAAAAUAUUGUGUGGUUUUACAGUUGCUGGCAACCCCUGUACAAUGAAC